AUGGGAAAGGACUUGAAUGAUGAUCUAGAGCGACAUCAGGUGUCGUGGAGAAGUGCUGAUGAUCCAUCUCCAGGGGAUUUCUCAUACAGAAUUGAUAAUCAUGGAAUGCCUCGGUUAUACUCAAGGGAUCAGCAACAAAGACAUACCGGUCUGGGGCAUGGAAUGGACUUCGAUUCACCUGUCAAUUACUCGGCUAUUGCAAGGCUAACUUUGAAUCACUCAGGCUUUCUUCAAUAUUAUAGCCUGAAUAAAAGAAGCAAUGAAUGGUCUCUCGUGUACCAAUACAAGGACCAGUGUGACAGUUAUGGGCAGUGUGGUGCUUAUGGUAUUUGCAGUAUUCACAAAUCGCCAAUACGUGAGUGUUUGCAUGGGUUCACUCCCAAAUUACAACAAGAUUGGCAAUUGCAAGACUGGUCAAGUGGAUGCAUGGGGAGGACAACACUGGAUUGCCAGAGUGAUCAAGGGGGUUUUUUGAAAGUUGAGAAGGUGAAACUGCCCGAUCUUUUGGACUAG